AUGCCGGACGAACAACAGCUCUCGUCUCGAUUUAAUGCUGAAGAUGCAGACUUUCAUCUCAAAUCUGAUGACGACGUUGUGUUUGCAGUCCACAGGUGCAUCCUGGCCAUGGCAUCCGACGUCUUCAGGACCAUGUUGUCCGUGCCCCAACCGCAAACGCCAUGUUCUGAAACCAGUUUACCAUGCGUAAAGCUUUCUGAACCUGCCUCUACUUUGGAAAUUCUGUUUCAAUUCGUCUAUCCUAUGAAGAAUCCGACGUAUCUUAACUUUGACCAAUAUGCAAAAGUACUCGAAGCUGCUACCAAAUAUGAAAUUGAGAGCGCAGUGGACGCACUUCGCGUUCUCCUCCUUUCCCCGAGGGUGGACGCCCAUCACAAAGCGACCCCAAUCCGACCCGCUCUAGUAGAAGUUGAUCCACUACGAGCAUAUGCAAUUGCUACAUCGAUGAACUGGAAAGCCGAAGCGGUCCACGCCUCUCAUCUCACUCUCCGGACAAACCUGCACCAGGCGAGUUCAUCUCCGGAGCUAGACGAGAUGCCUACCAAGUACUAUCGGUGGCUCAACGAGCUCCAUGAGGAGAGACGCACAUUCUUCAAGAGGUUGUUUGAGGAAUUCGACGACGAGCCAUCCGAAUAUAGGAUCAAGCAAUGCAAAGAGUGUGGUGUAGACCCUAUCAAGCAAUGGUGGGAAGAUUACAUUCAACGUGCGAGUACGAGCGUCUCUGCACGCCCCCUCGGGGACAAGGUCUUUGAUUUAAACAUCCUCUUUCCUCCCGAAGACGAGAUAGUAGAUUUCGGAUGUGGAUCAUGUCCGCCACGCGUUGUUCCUCUACAAACCCUCUAUGCGCUUAGUAAACUCAAAUUCAAGUUAUCUAGGAAGAAAGAAAACGAAUUAGCGCAAUUAGCAGGUGUAACCGUGCAAAGAACAAAGGCAACAGGGUAUCAGACUUUGUUGGAAAAGAAUCUUAACAAUAAGGAGAAUGUGAUCAAAAUUGUGCGAGAAGUGGUCACGCAGGAUCACGUCGGUCUCGUUAUCGGACGACAAGUCAUCUCUGACCUCGUCAAAAAUCUGGAAACGAAGCAGAUUGCCGAUGAUGAUACCCGCAGAUAUAUCAUUCAGAGCACACUCGACAUACUCCAACCUCGGAUUGUCAGUUAUGAUGAACAGGUUACAUCUUUGAGAUUGCAGAUGGCCGAUUUCCUCGAGUCGGACGAGGAUUGGACAGGCGCCGCGCGAGUACUGAUGGGCAUCCAGCCAGAUGUGGGCUCUCG